AUGCCCAAAAAUGGUCCAGAAGAUCCAGAUAGUUUUGACACAAUCUACGACGACAUCAGGACUAAAAUUAUGCCCGGUGUAAGUAAGCUGACUCACGUCUACAAUCAUUGUAGAAAUUAUCCUAUUAAGCUCACUCACUGGCAGCAUCCAAAUUUCUUUGGAUAUUAUCCGAUUGGGCGUUGCUAUCCUGAUAUGCUGGCGGACUUUCUUGUUUCUGCACUCACAGUCAUUGGAUUCUCUUGGGUAGCUCCUUCUAUUAAAAUUCGAUGUGGCUUAGAUUAG